AAACCAUUUCAUUUAUGAAUCACUUAUUAAAGUGGAUGGAUGGAUGGAGAGUCAUAGUGGUGGUAUACUCUAUUGUAUAAUUGAUUUAAAUACAAAAUUGGACAUCUUGAACAUUUAAUAAACGAAAUAAGACGAACAAACAAACAGACAUUUAUUUCCAUGUAUGUUUUUAUCAAGAUCAUUUUUUGUAUUGGAGGUCUGUGAUAUAUAAUUAAUUACAUUCCUUCUACUGUCAAUUCACAAAAAAAUAUAAGGGAAAGAAGACGAUCAAAUGCCUAAAACGCUAAUCAUCGGCCAUGAUCAAAACUCGAAUACACAACACUCCUAUUUUACUUAUUGGUGUGAUGAUGGUGACAAAUGGGAUUUAUUCACUAUGCUCACAGGAUUAUGCCUAUUACUGUUGGGAUUAUGCUGUUCUGUCCUGGAAGUUGGUUAUAUUCUGUACAGUUAUAGUAUCGUCUGUUAUGGUGUUGGUCUAUGGUGUGCUUCCGGCUAUUUAUUCAUUGGUAUUCUUGCUACCACAUUGUAUCAAUAUGAAUCAGUGCCAUCGGCAACAUUAAUGUUAGCCACUGUAUUGUGUGAUUUCGUGUUCGGUAUCAUUCUAUCGAUAAUUGCUAUCAGUCUUGUAAGCGUUAGUUGUCAUCAGGUAGCUGUAUUAUUCUAUGGUAUCAUAUCGAUUUGUCUGCUGGUCAUAAUAAUCUCUACUAUACAUAUUAUAUUUGUGACACGGGAAUUACUCAAAGUGAGACGACAAUUUUAUCGUACAAAUUCUGAGUAGUCAUUACUACUACUAUUAUUCUUAUUAUCAAAAAUGAGAAAGAAAGUGGCCGGUUUUUUUUGAAGAAUUUCUACAAAAAUCGAAAUGAGAGAAAUUGUUCAAUGCAUCAAUAACAAAUGUGGAUAAUUUGAGAUUAUGUAGUAUAUGUCGUAAUUACUUUGUUUAAAAUAAUUAAUAAUAAUAAUGAUACACCGCCAUUUUAAUAAUGAAAAAUGAAGAAAGAGGGAUCAGGCUGAAACGUUCAAAGAAGAUGCACUUUCUCAUGAUGUGCUGUUAGUUAUUUUGCUCUUUAAUAUUUUCUUAC